CUUUAGUGAAUUUGGAAACAUGCUCAGCUGGUGGCGGUGGCGGUGGCGGUGGCGCUGCUGUUUUGCGACUAUAACGGAAGGAGGAGGAAUUUUCCCAUAGAAUGAGAAAGAGUCUGCGGAAGACUGGAAGCUCUGAACUUGAGCAGAGCUGAGUGUAGUCUCCGAUAAUCCCUAGUACAGUUCCGAUAUUAGUUAUAACAACCACAAUAAUAAUGUCGCUCGUUUUUAGAAUAUUAGUUCUGCUCGGCAUUGCAAUUCCAUUUCUGGCGAUUCUCUGCCACUCGUUCUCCCUAGAAAACCCCACCGAUCGCCGGGUUUUGGUUUUGGUCGAUGACUUAGCGAUUAAAUCCUCCCACUCUCUUUACUUUAAAUCUCUUGAGAACCGAGGGUUCCAACUGGACUUCAAACUCGCCGGUGACCCCAAGAUCGCUUUACACAGAUAUGGCCAGUACUUAUACGACGCGCUCAUCCUCUUCUCUCCUUCCAUCGAACGAUUUGGUGGGUCAAUUAAUACCGCUGCAAUCAUGGAUUUUGUUGAUGCUGGUCAUGACUUGAUUCUUGUGGCUGAUGAAUCUGCCUCUGAUCUGAUUCGAGAGGUUGCCACAGAAUGUGGAGUCGAUUUUGACGAGGAUCCAGGAGCUGUGGUUAUUGACCACAUUAACUAUGCUGUUUCAACUACGGAUGGAGAUCAUUCUCUAAUUGCUGCUGAUGAUUUCAUCAAAUCCAGUAUCAUCUUGGGAAGCAACACUAUAGAGGCCCCUGUACUUUUUCAAGGUAUCGGCCAGAUGGUGAAUCCUUCCAAUGACUUGGUUUUGAAGGUUCUUUCAGCAUCUCCCUCAGCAUAUUCAGCAAAUCCAAAAUCUAAGUUAUCAAAUCCUCCGGCAAUCUAUGGAUCUGCCAUCUCUUUGGUUUCAGUCGUGCAGGCCAGAAAUAAUGCUCGGAUAUUGAUCUCUGGCUCAUUAAAAAUGUUCAGCAACCAAUUCUUCAGAUAUGGGGUACAGAAAGCUGGAAGUCCGACUAAACAUGACAAAUCUGGAAAUGAGCAGUUUUUGACUGAAAUUAGCAAAUGGGUGUUCCAUGAAAGAGGUCAUCUAAAGGCUGUUAAUGUAAGACAUCACAGAGUUGGGGAGGUUGAUGAACCUUCUAUGUACAGGAUCAAUGAUGACCUGGAAUACUCUGUUGAGAUCUUUGAGUGGACUGGAGCGAAUUGGGAACCAUAUGUAGCAGAUGAUGUUCAAGUUCAGUUUUACAUGAUGAGUCCGUAUGUUCUGAAGAAUUUGUCAACUGAUCUGAAGGGUGUAUACCAUACAUCAUUCAAAGUACCAGAUGUUUACGGAGUAUUCCAGUUUAAGAUUGAGUAUCAGAGGCUUGGGUACUCGAGCUUGAGCCUAUCAAAGCAGAUUCCAGUUCGACCUUUCAGACAUAACGAAUACGAGAGAUUCAUAACAGCUGCUUUUCCUUACUAUGGGGCAUCGUUCUCUAUGAUGGCAGGUUUUCUUCUUUUCACCAUUUUCUACUUGUACAACAAGUAACAAGGGAACCAAGCCAAAGUGGUCAAGAUGCCGAAACAAAGGACUGCAUUUUGCAUGUUGAAGGGAAUGUGUCCCUUAUUUUAUGUCCGUCCUGUAAUAUUUAGGAGUUAGAGGCUCUUGCGAUCUUUAAAUUUAAGACGGAAGUAGGAGUAGAUGUAUAGAGGUUCAAUAGAAACUUUGUCUAUUUAAAUCGUUUGGUAAAUUCGUAGUUCCUUGAAAAUCAUUUUUCUGAAUAGAUUUUAUUUUCUU